UACAGUAUUCAUCAAUUCUAAAAAUAUGAAAAUGUUUGAAACUCUAUUCUAAAAAUUGUAUUUAAUGGUUUAUGGUCUGGUAUGCAUAAGAUAACAUUUACUGCUCACUGUUUAUUUAUUGUAAACAAGGCUUUAACUCAAUCAAUGUCAAUCAGAAUUUUAAUAUUUUCAAUAAGGCAAAUGAUUUAUUGAUUAUUUAGGUAUCUACUUUAAUUUUAAGUUAUUUUUGAAUUGAUGUUACGAAAAUUUUAUCAGAAUAUUCUUAAUAAAAAGACUUCAGAUAUAAACCUAACCACAUUUGUACUUUCUAACAUAUUUUGUGAUUUUUGAUGAUGAAACAAUGGAUGUAGCUACUCCAACCCCACAAGAUCUUCAGAGAAAACUGUAUUUUUUAGUGGAGCAACUCCAACACAUGGCUGGUGAACUUCCUCCAAAGUAUCAAAUGCGUCUUCCUUAUGAAUUAUUAUCUGGUUUAGCUAAUUCUCUAUUGAAUGAUACAAUAUUUGAAAUUGUUAAGGGAUUAAUGGAGAUACAGCAUGUUACAGAGAAACAUCUUUUUCAACAACGUCUUCAGUUAUUAAAUCAACAGAAAAUCGAAAUGCAAGAAUCAUUAUCAUCAACAUACACAGAUGAAGAAAGAACAACGAUGAAAGUAACAUUAUAUAAAAAACACAAAGAGGAGCUUAAACAAAUGGAUAUGAAAUUAGUUCUACAAUUAGAUCAAAAAGUAGCAGACCAACAAAGUAUUUUAGAAAAAGCUGGUGUACCUGGCUUUUAUGUUACCAACAAUCCAAUAGAAAUACAAGUCCAAAUGAGAUUGUGUGACUUCAUAAUUAGACUGAGUAAAAUGGAGGUUCCAAGUUAAUACAUAACUCAUAAAAUUAUUACUUUCUAAGAAUCAUACUACUUCCUUAAAUGAAAUGUUAAAUUAUAUAAUUUAGUAGACUUAUUUAUUUUCACAAAUUGUACAUUAGUUCAAUUAAUAUAAUGUUUUUUUCUUUGUACAAUAACACUUUUCUAAAAUAGUUACCUUAUAACUAUAUAAGGUUAUAUAAAUAUUUCAAAAAACGAUGUAACUGUAUUGACAGCUUUUCUUAAAAUCAGGAUAUCAGCAAAUACAUAUUUAUAGAAAA